ACACUGGUCGCCAUGCUGCCGAGGCACCUGUCAAUACGGACUCCGCGCGGCGCCAUCUCGCGUGCGACCGUUGGCGGCGCGCUCGCGCCGAUAGAUGGCCGCGUUACUGGCUGUUAGUGCGUUGCCGUACGAUAUCGAUAACGUUGUUCUCCGCGUUAUCCACGACUAUUUGCACACCUGGCGCGCAAGGGAGCGCCGAGCGAACGCGCGAUACUUCGCUUUCGGCGCUCCCAAGUACCGACGCUCGUCGAAAGCUCGAGACACGAAAUACGGGGCAACGGAGAAGACGCGAUUGAACGCGGGACCGUCUUUAGAGCGAAUGCGUCGACGCGACUUGUUUAACAGAAAGCAGCGGACGCGGGACGGACCGGCUUCAGAACGGAGGUGUCGUCGCGGGUCGUUUAACAGAAUGCGGCGAACGCAGGAUGGAGCGGAACCGGAGCGAGCGGCGUCGCGACUUAAUAAAACGCGGCGUAAGCAGAAAGGAUCAACGAAACAUCCAGAACAAAUGGCAUUACUCAGUUACUCAUUUAAUUAAUUCAUCAUAAUGAUCAUGUAUCUAAUAAUUCCACUAUUGCCCAUCGAUUGGUGAGUGAUAAAAAAGAAUUUAUAAAUAAGGUAACGAAACUGUGAAAUAUAGUAAACCAUUUUACUUUUUAAUAAUAUAAAAGAAAUAUUCUCUAAUAAAAACGUUAGAUUUUAUGAAUUUAUUAUUACG